CAUUCAUAUUCUUCUCUUUAUCUCUCUCUCUCUCUUUCUUGAUGGACUCAGAUCAUUCAUCAUAUUCAUCCAUGAACAAAUCUAUGGCUGAAUCAGAGACAGCAACAGCUGAAGAGAGUGGUUGGACUUCUUAUUUUGAAGAUUUUAUGGCUGCCCAACAAAAAGAUCAUCAUCAGAAUCAUUCAUUCACUGAUCAUUAUCAUCAUCAUCAGAAUCAUUCAUUCACUGAUCAUUAUCAUCAUCAUCAUCAUCAUCACCACCACCACCAGCAGCAGCAUCUUGAUGAUCAACCAGUGGUGUCUGAUGCUGUUUCUCAUGUCGAAUGGAACUAUAUCGAUCAAUCGAUGAGUGGCGCAGCCCCCAAAUUCCCCAAGAAAUUGAAUCUUUUCAAGAAAACUAGUAGAAGAACAAGAGAGAUUCUUUAUGAUGAUUCUUUAGAAGAUACUGCUAGUUCUCCUGUCAACAGCCCUAAGGUUGGGAGUCAACAGAUGGGGUUUAAUCAGAUAAAAGUAGAUGAUAUUAUACAGAAUUCUUUGGAAAAAGGAGGUGGCUUUGAUGGUCAUUUACAGCUACAAAAGAGGGAAGAUCAAAGCAGGGAAAUGGUGUUUGAUCAAGACAACAACAAUGGAAACACAGACUUGAGGAAGAGAGGAUUAUGCUUGGUUCCUUUGUCCAUGUUGGCAAACUAUAUCUGAAAAUCUCUCUCUCUCUCUCUAUAUAUAUAUAUAUAUACACCCCCAUGCAGAAGAGUUGAUGGUAGAAACUGUAUAGAGUUCUUAAAUAACUUCAAGAAGAAUGAAGCAGUCCAACUUGAGACAUUGCAGAUAUCUGUAAAGCCCAGUUGACUAUAAUCUAAUCAUUUAGCUACCGAUCUCCUUCUGUAUCUUGUAAAUUUAUGAUGAUUGUAAUGAUUUUUGUUUAUUACAAUGACGCGACGGUUCAUACCCU